AUGAACGACAAACAGGGUGGCAUAAAUCAUUGGGCGAUCCUGAUUGGUAUAAACUUUUAUCCGGGUCGCCCGCUCAAAGGGCCUGUUCAGGAUGUACAGGCUAUAAAGGAGUACCUGGAAUCUAGCCGGGUCGAAGGUGCCCCUGUAAAUAUUUCAACAUUUACUGCAGUCUCACCCUCAGGCGAAGACGCUCAUCGCCUGCCGGUUGAAACCCCGAAGAACUGGCCCACCUACGAGAAUGUUAUGUCCAGCCUUGCACAGGUUGGGGGUAUGGCGAGGCCCGGAGACGCCGUGUACAUCCACUACUCAGGGCAUGGAACAAGGAGACCGUCUCCGGGAUCCGGGGAUAAACACGAGGAUGGCGGAGAGGGCGCAGGCGACGUGGCAUUGGUGCUCUUGAGCGAUAAUCCCUCCAGGCCGCGGUAUCUUCCAAGUCGAGAACUGGCACACCAAUUGAAGGAGAUGGUCCAACAUGGUCUGCAGGUUACUCUCGUGCUGGACUGCUGCUUUUCGGGCAGCGUUGUCCGUCACGGGAGUCUAAACAGUAGCAGCAUUCGAACGAUCGAGUACGACCCUGCAAUCGAUCUCAUGCCCGUAAAAAAGCUCCGGACCCAAGAGAGUCAUAUCUGCCGGCCUAAUACGUCCCCUACGCGUGAUUCUCGCAUUGUGCCGCAGUGGUUGAUCAAUCCCGACGGAUAUACAAUCCUUACAGCCUGCGGCAUGCAUGAAAGGGCCUACGAGCUUGUCGUUAGCGGUGGACGACGGCAUGGAGCGCUGUCCUUUUUCCUCCUUCAGUCCCUCGGUCAACUAAGGAAAACCGGGGUUCAUAUCUCCCAUCAAUCCUUGUAUCAGCAUAUACGAAUCCUGUUCCACGCUUACUGGCCACAACAAAAUCCAAUGCGCUAUGGAAAUCAAGAUCUGUCAUUAUUUGGGGGGCUAACGCCGCGGGACACUGUUCGCUUUAUCCCCGUUUUCAAGAAAGACGGCUUCCUUCGUCUAGCAGCUGGGUCUGCACAUGGCGUUCAGGAACAUGACCGCUACUCCGUGUACGCAUUUGAGACCCCCAGGGACGGCUCGUCUGGAUCGACCGUGGAUCCAGUAGUCGUUCAAGUGACGACCGUCCGCGGUCUCACAUCAGACCUGGUCGGGGUUGACCGUUCUGACACAAGCCAGGUCACGACGGGAUGGAAGGCAAAGCCGCUCACACACUUGUCGCGCUGGAAGGUACGCGUGGGCCUCAUGGCAUCUGUGGAUAACCCAGUUCAAUGGUCUACUGCGCUAAUGCAAAGGUAUCACUUUGAGGUUUACGUGGGGGUUUCUGACGACCAGGCAUGCCAUCUCCACAUCGCAAUCAACACGCAUGGCGAAUACGAGAUUCUGGACGCAUCGUGCAACGGAAUCCUCAGCCUGCCCAAAGUACCCGCUGACCGAGACACAGCCAUGGGUCAUGUCCUGCAUCUCCUGGAGCACGUGUCGUGUUUCAAAUACAUUGAAGGAAUUGAAAAUCGAAGCCCAAGUAUUCCCUUUGAACAAUCGUUUCAAAUUACUCUUCGAAAUACAGCGGGACAAGACUUUGGCGCGGAAGGCAUUUUGGAUGUCAAACAUGGCGACGUACUGCAUUUAACUGUCCAAAACCUCUGUGAUAGGCCGCUAUACAUGGCUGUAUUUGACUUUGGUCCUUCGUGGCAAAUUACUAGUUUGAUUUCCGACGACGGUGGAGGUGACUACAUUUCAAUCCCCUCCGCAAACAAAGAAACCCUCUUUCCCGGUCGAGAAACGAUAGGCUGGGCAAUGGAAGUACCAGAUUCAUUCCAACGGCGGGGACAAGAUCAGUGCGAAGACAUUAUCAAAAUCUUUCUUACCAACCAGCCAACGUCAUUUGCACCAAUGGUUCUGCCCAUGAUUUCUGUCCCGCUUGAUGUCAAAAGAUCCUCGCCCCGGGACCAUCAUCAGCUGUCCACUUUUCUUGAUGGGCUACUAACAUCCUUUCGUCACCCACGAGAUCAUCUUUCAGGGGAGGAGGAAUGGGCUACACGAAACUUUGUGAUCCGCACACAGCGUAACGAUGCAGGAAUUGAUUUGCAAAUACAGUAA